CUUUGUUUGGUGAUUCUGGUUCGACUCCUGCCUCUGGGCGCACCGGUGGACGGAUCAGCUGCGCGCGCUCACACGCAACUCUCCAGCUCAGGCAGAUCUUCUGAUGACCUAAUGGAAGUGACUUUACGAGCAGUAUUGUUUUGGCUUGUGGCGCUGCACUGUGGCUCUGCUGAAGGCAGCAUCCUCUACCGAGUCCAGGAGGAGCAGCCCCCCAACACCCUUAUUGGUAGCCUGGCAGCAGACCAGGGACUACCGGAUUCAGGCCACCUCUACAAGCUGGAGGUGGGCGCCCCUUAUCUCCGUGUCGAUGGAAAGACAGGCGACAUUUUCACCACUGAGAUUCCAAUUGACAGAGAGACCCUUAGGGACUGCCGGUCCCUGGCUAAGGGAAAACCCUGCUACUUGGAGUUUGAAGUAUCAGUAACAGAUCUGAUACAAAACCAGAGCCCACGACUUAUUGAAGGACGGAUUGAAGUGCAGGACAUCAAUGACAACACGCCACAAUUUCCCUCUUCUGUGCUCACCAUCUUGGUGCCUGAAAACACAAUCAUGGGGGCAUUAUUCUCCAUACCUCUUGCUACAGACAGGGACUCGGAGAGGAAUGGAGUGGCUGACUACGCGCUGAAUGCAGGGCCAGACGCAGCAACCUUAUUUGGUUUACAAGUGGCUGAUGACAGGGGAGGGAAACUCCCACAACUCAUUGUCCUUGGCAAUCUAGAUCGAGAGUUAAAGGAUUCUUAUGACCUAACCAUCAAGGCAGUGGAUGGAGGGAACCCUCAGCGCUACAGCAGUGCUUUGCUGAGAGUGGUGGUUACCGACGCAAAUGACAAUGCCCCCAAGUUCGAAAAGUCCUCAUAUGAGGCAGAAGUUUCUGAAAACAGCCCCGUAGGGCACUCUGUUUUACAGGUCAAAGCAAAUGACUCUGAUAUGGGCCCUAAUGGAGAAAUUGAAUACACCCUUCAUCAAGCUGUAGACCCAGUGCCAAAACUCUUACGAAUUGAUCGGGCCACUGGAAUCAUCUAUGUCAAAGGGCCACUGGACAGGGAGGAAAUCAGCAGCUUGUCUUUCUAUGUAGUGGCAAGGGAUAAGGGCCCUCAACCUAAAAGCUCCAAGACAUUUGUAACCAUCGAGGUGACUGAUCAAAAUGACAACGCCCCAGCUGUGGAGAUUCGUGGCAUUGGUCUUGUGACGCACAGUGAAGGAGUGGCUAAUAUUUCAGAGGACAUGCCAGUGGGGACAGCUGUUGCUUUGGUGCAAGUGUCUGACAAAGAUGAAGGAGAGAAUGCUGUGGUUACUUGUGUGGUUGCAGGUGACGUACCCUUUCAGCUUCGCCCUGCCAGCGACUCAACCACUGACAACAAGAGGAAGUACUUUUUACAGACAACCACGCCUCUAGACUACGAAAGAGUCAGGGAUUACAGAGUUGAAAUUGUUGCUGUGGAUUCUGGAAAUCCAGCGUUGUCCAGUACAAACUCCUUAAAGGUGCAGGUGACGGAUGUGAAUGAUAACUCUCCGAUAUUUUCCCCAACCUUGUUUGAGGUUGAAUUUGCUGAAGAAAAUCAACCAGGGGAAAAGGUUUUGGAUGUUACUGCUUCUGAUGCUGACAGUGGCACUAAUGCAGAACUCCUCUAUAAUAUUGUGGCAGAUUCAUCCAUCAAAGGUUUGUUUGAGAUUGACCCAAAUACAGGUGAAGUAAGAGCUCGGAGCCCACUAGAUCGUGAACACAAGGAACGAUAUGAGUUUCGAGUCACCGCAGCAGAUAAAGGCUCACCUGUACACAAAGGCACAGCAACAGUUGUAGUAAAAGUUCUUGACCGGAACGACAAUGACCCUAAGUUCAUGCUUAGUGGCUAUAGCUUUUCAGUUUUAGAAAACAUGCCUCCCCUCAGUCCAGUUGGAAUGGUGACAGUUCAGGAUAUGGACAAAGGUGAGAAUGCUCAAGUUCACCUCUCUGUAGAACCUGAUGGAGGGAAGUUUGUUGUUCAAAAUGGAACAGGCACUAUUUUGUCAAGCAUCUCAUUUGACAGGGAGAAAGAAAGCAGUUACACAUUCCGUCUUAAAGCUGUGGAUGGAGGAGAACCACCCAGGUCCUCCUAUGUUGGUGUUACUAUCAAUGUACUGGAUGAAAAUGACAACGACCCGGUGAUCACUAAGCCGUCCAACUCCUCUUUCCGCCGUUUGUCCCCUUUAGCCUCACCAGACAGCCACGUUGAGGUGGUAGAAGCUGAAGACCUGGACAGUGGGCCUAACGCUCAGCUGGUAUACAUUAUUGCUCGAGGAAAUCCUUACAAUUUAUUUCGCAUUUCCCCUUCCAGUGGAGAAAUCACUCUGGCCAAGGAAAUGACUCGCAAACAUGGUGGACUACAUCGUCUAGUGGUGCGGGUGAGUGAUAGAGGAAAACCUCCACGACAUGCUACUGCUUUGGUUCACAUAUAUGUCAAUGAAACAAUUUCAAAUGUCAGCUUAGUGGAAGCCUUAGUUGGCCACAGUCUUUACACUCCACUGGAUAGAGACAUUGCUGGUGAUCCUUACAGUGGUUUUGCUGCACACCGCAGUAACAUUUUGUUUGGAAGUCUAGCUGGAGUAGCAGGAGUUGUAAUGCUGAUCUUAGUUGUGGUAUUUAUUCGUCACCGUAUCCAGAGAGAAACAAAAAGUGGCUAUCAGGCUGGCAAAAAGGAAACAAAGGACUUAUAUGCACCCAAACAGGCACCAAAAAAUGCCAAAGGCAAACGUGGAAGGAAAGGUAAACCCCAGAAGUCCCCCAAACCACUUGGGGAAGACGAGGAGGUCAGCCUUCAGAAGAGUCUCAAGUUCAACCUUGAUGGAGUCAAUGACAGCCCCAGGAUACACCUGCCCUUAACAUAUUCACCAGGAAGCCCUGAUAUAGGCAGGCACUACCGCUCCAACUCACCUUUACCUUCUAUUCAUCUGCAAGCCCAAUCCCCCUCAGCCUCCCAGAAACACCAAGCUGUCCAGGACCUUCCUGCAGCCAACACUUUUGUCGGAACAGGAGGAGACGACAACUCCACCGGCUCAGACCAAUACUCUGAUUACAGCUACAAGACUAAUGCACCCAAGUACAACAAACAGCAUCCCCAUCGCAGAGUGACCUUUUCCACCACAAACCCUGUGCAGGACAUGCAGGAUGCCUCCCAGCACAGCUACUAUGACAGCGGUUUAGAGGAGUCGGAGACUCCCAGCAGUAAAUCAUCGUCUGGCCCACGCAUCGGACCCCUCACCCUGCCCGAGGACCACUAUGAGCGAACCACCCCAGAUGGAAGUAUUGGAGAAACAGAACACCCAGAAAAUG